AUGGCUGGAGUCACUCUUCCAAUCACUGAAUCAAUAACAAUUGAUAUUCCUAUCCUUAAUUAUGACAAUCACAAAGAGUGGAAAGACGCUGUUUUAUUGAAUUUAGGAAUAUUAGGGUUUGAUUAUGCUCUUCGCAUUAAGAAGCCUGCUGAGCUUACUGCGGAAAGCACUGAGGAACAAAAAGCGCUAUACGAGCGAUGGGCAACAGCCAAUCGCUUAGGCGUAUUCCUCAUUAAGUCUAAAAUUGCCAGAGAGAUUCGUGGUCCCGUCGAUGAUAUUGAGGACAUUGAGCCAUUACUCAAGGCCAUUGAUGAUCAAUUUGUUGACGCGAACAAAUCUCUGACAAGUACCCUGAUAAUGCAGUUUAUCAAUAUGCGUCUUUCCACUGUCAAGGGAACGCGGAAACACAUCAUGGAACUCAGGGACAUUGCGGCACAAUUGAAGAAGUUGAAAAUUAUUCUUCCAGAUGCCUUUGUGGUGCACUUUGCACUAAAUACCCUAUCUCAGGACUAUAAUGCAUUUAAAAUUUCCUAUAAUACACAUAAGGAUGAAUGGUCUAUCAAUCAAUUGAUUACCAUGUGUACUCAAGAGGAAACACGGCUUUUAACUGAGCUUGGGGAAAGUGCUUUUAUGGCCACAACAAGGCCUAAAAGAAAGUCUGGAAAACCUAAGGGACUUACCAUAGCUGCUAAGGAGAAACUAACCCCGAAAGCAGACAUUAAGAAGAUACAAAAGUGUUUCUUUUGCAAAAAGAAGGGACACAUGAAGAAAGAUUGUAUCAAGUUUCAGAAAUGGAUGUCCCAAAAAGGAAAUUUGCGUGUCAAAAAAAUUGAUCAUAAUGUGGUCCGUGAGAUCGAUGAUAAGCAUGAGCAUCAGUUGACAUAUAAGAGAAAUAGAGAGUUGCACAAGUAUUUGAAUUCUGAUUACAAAUUCAUAAGUAGAAAUACAACUGAAAAAGCCCGUGUAUCUUGA